AUGAAUAUUCUGAUCUUGUUCGCCGUUUUCUGUUCAGUCAGCGCUCUUCGUUUUGCUGCACUACCUCCAACUGCGAUGGAAGCGGCUCAAAAACUCGACAAAAAAAUCAUUGACGAUAUUCGUUUCAAGAAAACGAUCCAAUUUUGCCAGAGUUUCAAAGGCGAUACAAUGACCUACAAGGGAUGUGGAAAAGCACCAAUGCGAUUCACUUUGGUUGUUUCAUAUGCUCAAAAUAUCGCACAACAUGAAGCGACAGCUAUUCGAUCACAGGUUCAAUCCGCAAGUCUUACACUUGGUGGUAAAUUGACAUAUGUUACAACAGUCACCAAUAUUCCAAAUGUGUCAAGAGUUAAAGUAACUGCUGAGAGAGAUUCCAAUGCACCAGCUGGUUUUAAAGUGACUUAUGCUGAACAACUUUGCUAA